UGCAGUAGUUUAUUCUGGUGGGUUUACAAUAUACCUGGCAUGACAUCAUGCCGGGUACACGUCAUACAGGUGGGUAGUGGUGGUGACCCACCUGAAAUGGUAAAAACAUUCAUAGCAGAUUUUCCUCAACAACUAGUUUACCUUCUGUUUGAGAAUAAAUGAGAUUUCUGAAUAAAUGACGACCAUCCUCUGUUCUACUGUGAGAUUAAGAUUAGGAGUGACAACUGCAACAAGGUUUAAUUCCCAUCCUUGAUCUUUUCAUUUUGGACUGCUGGUACUUCAUCAGCUGACAUUGCAGACAGGUGUGAAUAGGAGUUUGCGUCUAUCUGUGUUUGCCCUGUGUUGGCCUGGCAACGAGACCCAGGUGUUUCCCGGGUUUCUGGCCAGUGUGUGCUGGGAUAGGCAGGAGCCUUGAUAAGACUAAAGGUAAUGAAUGUAUCAACACAUUAAUAAUGAAAUAGGACACAAGACUGUUAUUAGUCAUUACCACUGGCUUUGUGUUGUAGGAGAGUGCUUGAAAAAGACUCCAGACCUUUCUAUAGCCAUGAUCAGUAGUGGAAGACUUAUUUUUACUAUGAUUUGUUGACCAUGAGAGCUUGCCCUCCAUCAGAGGAGGACUUCGUGGACCUCUUUCAGAAAAUAAAGUACUCCCUCAGUCUGCUGGACCGUCUCAAGUCAUCCAUCUCGCAACCCGACGCACCGGACCUGCUGCAUCACAUCUUUGUGCCUCUUAGAUUGUUGUUGAAAACCACCGGAGGGCCAGGUUUAGGUUUGUCAGUGGUUAGUCCUGCUAUGACCCGUGGUGCUGUUUCACUGCUCCAGGAGCACCUGACUAAAGAGGAGAAGGAACUCUGGACCUCAUUAGGGCCCAACUGGACUUCACCCUGUUCCCACCUUAACGUGUCUGUUCCUGCAUAUUCACCUGUCUUCCUGGAUGGAUGGCAGCCUCAGGCCUACGACUCAGCUGGCCAGCCUUUGGAAGAUCCCGUCGAGUUGCAGCACAAACAGGAUGCUUUCAGGGAAAGUAGGGAGGCACAAACUCUACAGGACCAAGCUCAACAAACAGCAGGCGGCCCGUGUGAAGGCACUCAGGAUGUAGACGGAAACGGGCUCCCACCUGAAGGUGAGAGGCUUUACUGCUGCAGUUAUGACUUUGUGGCUAGAAACAGCAGUGAACUCUCUGUGCUACAAGGAGAAACACUGGAGGUAAUUGAGUCAUCAAAGCGAUGGUGGAAGUGUCGGAAUCGCUUUGACCAGAUAGGAUUUGUUCCCUUUAACAUCCUGGAGCCUCUAUCUGCUCUGAAUAACACGGGGAGGGACAGCCCGGUGGUACGCAGAGUGUCAAAGACCCCUAUCUCCCGCCCGACAAAGUACUUCUCAUAUGCUCCAUCAAGCCCGAUUGGGACCAGUCCUACUGCUACAAGCCCAACAGUGCGACCUCAGAGCAUGGUUCUACCUUCCACAACAAUGGGGGAAGACGAUGACCGAGUCCUGAUAAUGAAUGAUGAGCUUCUUCAGCGGAUAGCUGGGAGAAGAGGCUCAGGCCGUCCGCUGGUGGUCCCCCGCACAGCUGACACUUCUGCUCCCCUGAACUACCACUCGCCACCUGCUGAGGUGGAGGCCUGGCUCAACACCAAGGGCUUUAGUCAGCAGACAAUUCAGAGUCUGGGCAUUUUAACUGGAGCGCAGCUAUUUUCCCUGAAUAAGGAGGAGCUCCGUGCAGUGUCACCAGAGGAAGGUGCAAGAGUUUACAGCCAGAUAAUGGUGCAGAAGGCCCUUCUGGAGGAUGUGCACAAAGCCACAGAAUUAGAGACGGUGAUGGAGAAGCAAAAGCUGAAGAUUGGUCUGAAGUCAGAGAAUGAUGUAUUUUAACUGAGCUCUCCACCCGCACUAACACUGAUGUGGCAUCAAAGAUCAAUGGACAUUAAUGUAGUGUCGCUAUUGUAGCUGGGGUCACGGAGGGAUGUUGAGGAUGGAGUUUAAUUUUACAUGUUGUAUCUCUUCUGUGCUAUAGAUUCAUCAACAAAGGCGAGCUGGUUUAAAAGUGAGACGCUCUUACUAAUACUCUUAUAUUGGAACAAUUUUUGAUUUCUAGAUGUUUUUUUAGGACAGAGGGCUUUAAACUUUGCCGGAAUUUACUGAGGUUAUUAUUUCCAUUAAUUUGUCAUCAUAUUUUUAACAAUUUAAAUAUUUCUAUUAUCAUUUGUCUAGAAACAUAAUAAACACAAAUGCCAAACAUUAAAAAUAAUCACAUAAUGAUGAUUAGUCCAAUGUGUUACUGUUGUAAAGCAAGUACUGUGACAAUAGGCUGAAACCGGUGUUUAGAGCUAUAAAGUCCAUGAAAUGUGCAUUAUGGUAAACGUGUCUAUGUCUACACAGAACAGUCAGCUGUCUGAUUGAUUCAGAAUUUUUAAUUGCUUGCACAUCAACCUGUAUUAAGACACCGUUGCUUGUUGCAGCCAGAUGCUGUUUUAGACCAAAUACACAUUAAACUGAUGUCAUAAAUAUA